UCCCCCCUCCCCGGCCACCCAUCCGACCGACCAUGACCGCAGCGACGACGACGGCGGCAGCAUCCCCGGACGCUUCCCUCGCCGAGAAGAUCCUCAACCCCCAGUCCCAGCAGUUUGGCAACCGGUUCGCGUUUCACGAGUUCCUAAGGAAGGAGUAUAGGUUUGGUCUGGAUCCUAAUCGGAGGACUUGCCCGCUGUUUGUGCAGGGACAUUGUCCCAUGGGGAACAGCUGUCCGGAUAAACAUGCGGUUUCGAGCUCCUUUAACAAGUAAUGCUUUUUUGUCUCUCCAAGGGUUCUUUUUUUUCUCUCUCUCUCGUUGGCAUUGGGGGCGGUUGAUGGAGGAGGAGGAGGCGGUGUUGGAGGAGGAAGGAAGAGGAAUAGAAGGGAAGGGAAUUUGCUAACGAUAGUGGUAACGGAGCAGUUUGGUUUGCAAGCAUUGGUUGAGGUCGCUAUGCAAGAAAGGGGAGGCGUGUGAGUUUCUUCAUGAGUACAAUUUGCAAGUCCACUCCCUUCUUCGCCCCAUUGCAUUCUUUUGGCAAUAUUUUGAUUUUCUCCUCCAUUUUCAUUGCCCCCCGAAAACGAAGGCUAACGAAGCGCAAUGAUGCAUGUCUUCCACUUUGAUUCGUCCAAACAGACGCAAAAUGCCCGAAUGCAACUUCUUCGUGCGGAAUGGCUACUGCAGCAAUGGCGAGGAAUGUCUAUACCUACACGUAGAUCCCGACAGUAAAAUCCCUCCAUGCCCACACUUCGAGAAUGGCUUCUGUCCGCUGGGUCCCACGUGCUCAAAAAAACACGUCAGGAAGCAGAUCUGCAAGUUUUAUCUGGCUGGCUUCUGUCCGGAUGGCAGAAGCAAUUGCAAAGAGGGGACUCAUCCAAAGUGGAAGACGGGGUUGCCGGCGCCAACG